UAAUAAUGUAAAAAGAAUCAUGGAGGAUAACAGUAGUGGGGGCACUGAAUUUAACUAUAACUACAAGUUAAUCACGGUUAACUUAUCGAAAAACUGGCCCUAAAUCCGGAGGUUCCAUAAGCAACAGUGGCAGUUUAGUAAAUUCUUUUCCGUCAAAUACCUACACGGAAAGUUCGAUUUUAUUCCUCAAAUUAUGGGAAGGAAGUGGCCUAUUCUAUCCUUCAGAUUUCUGCUGACAUAACCCACAUUGCCCCCAUCAUGUAUGAAGAAAAAUCGAACUUUUCCGUGUGGUGAUGACAGGAAGAACAAUACGCAUAGAGGAAGGGAAACAGAACAUUCAAACGCGCGUGUUUACCACCCUCGGGUUGGCAAUUGACACGCGGUACAAAAAAAUGGUGCCAGGACCAAGUGAACACGGCAUCCAAGCCGAUGUUAUUUUUGUAAUUGAGGGAACAGCAGUGAAUGGAGCAUAUUUAAAUGAUUUAAAAUCAAAUUACUUGAUACCGACUUUGGAGUAUUUCAGCCAGGGAAAUAUAGAAGACCGAGACUAUGUCGCAGAGAGCAAUACAGCAUUGUACGGAAUUGUUGUUUAUCACGCAGCAGAUUGUCUUCCAGCGCCAACAACUGCCACUCUAGGACCAUUUUCAAAUCCCCACAAAUUGUUAUUGACAUUGGAGCGCCUGGAGAUGAUCGGGGGUAGGGGUGAAUCGCAUGCUAACAUUGGAGAAGGUCUAGCAACAGCUCUACUCUGCUUUGAGGAUCUGCAGAUGAUACGUGAACCAUCAACAAAUUCCCAAAAGCACUGCAUUCUCAUUUGCAAUUCACCACCUUAUCAAACAGCCGUUCAAGAGUCCUCCAAAUUCGUUGGACACACUGUCGAAAAUUUAGCAGGCCUAUUUCAGGAAAGGAAUAUCGUUCUCUCAAUACUGUCACCCCGCAAAAUUCCAGCUCUGCUCAGGCUCUUUGAGAAGGCAGGUGGUGACCUUCAAACAUCACAAACCAAGAACUACGCCAAAGAUCCUCGUCACUUGGUACUGCUUCGGAAUUACCACCUGAAGGAGCGUCCAGUGAGUCCACCGACGAUUGUGGGACAGUCGAUACAUCAAACGAGUUCCACUGGUGCCCAGAUACCCCUGAGUCCACUGCAGAAUCAUGAGAGUCCCAUUGUGAAUCAGGGGUAUCAGACUGUAUCCCAAUCAUCGCAGUCCCACACUCCUAUGAAUCCUUCAGGGGUCUUCAGGAAUCCAACACCUGGGAGUAUCAAUCAUCAGUCUGGUGCGGCUGCUGUUGGUGCAAUUAAUGUUGGAGAGAUGAACCCAGGACGUCCUGGAUUCAAUCCACAGAUACCUGGCCCUCCGAAUUAUCAUGCUGCAGCAACACGAGCUGCACAGUCCAGGUGGAAGGCACCGUUCAUAAAUGCUGAAGGUGUGCAGAAUAAUCAGGGGAGUGCACUGAUUGCUCAACUGUCACAGCCGCCAUCCUCCUUCGGUCUCAAUGUUCAAUUCAAUCAGAGAAUGGAAGCUAAUGGGGGAUCAGUUAUGAGUAGUAAUUGUCCUCAGCAGCAACAAACGAGUCAGAACCCGUCCUCGCUUUGUCAGCGAAAUCAGGCCCAAGGACAGGCCCAGUCCCAGGGUCAAUCACUGCAGCCUCAGUCGCAAACCCUGUAUUCGUCGGUGACACCCACUCAGCAUCAAGAACAGGUUGGCCUCCAGACAAUGCAAAUCGCUUCUUCAACACAACAAAAUCACUCUGUCAUCUCCGGUGCUGAUGGUGAGGUGCAACAAGGUGCUCCUACCUCACACCCAUCACUUCGGCUAUCCGGAAAUGUGCAGAGCAAUAACAUUCAGCAAGUAUCACAUAUCAGCUCAUCCGGGAUCGAACGACCAAUGAUCUGGCAGGGAAUAUUGGAAUGGCUGGAGAAACCAAAAAAUCCAUCGAGCAUUCAGCAACAAACCCGACAAGUUCCAUGUCAGGUCUCAGCAACGGUUAAAGAAGGUGAACCAGAAUUAAAAGUUGAGUCUUGGCCACGUAAAUUGAUAAUGCAAUUGAUGCCGAAGCAAUUAAUUGGGAGUAUUGGUGGAGGUUAUCUAAACAAUUCAAAAUCGGUGCUCUUCCAUCCGACUCCUUGUGAGGCACUCGAUUCUCUGAUGAAAGUCAUGAGCACAGGAUUCGCUGGUUGCGUGCACUUUCCCUCAUCCUCGCCUCUCCAGAACUGUGACAUCAAAGUAUUAAUUCUUCUCUACACUGUGGGAAAACGUGCCUACUUGGGUUUUAUUCCAAACGACCAAAUUGCCUUCGUAGAUCGUCUGCAAAAAGUCAUCCAGCAGCAGAACACAACUCAGGCAUUGAUUCGACAGAAUCAGAUAUUUUCACAGGGAGGUUCAGGUACCCCCGGUAACAAGCUGUCAGGUACGAUACUAGGAUCAGCUCCAAUGUCUCAAGGAGGAAUUCUUAUGUCGCAAACUAAUACGAUAGCACUGGGAGGGGGACAAAUAACCCAGAACGUCGUGCCUUCUAAUAAUCAACAACAAGCAAUAACAAAUUCGGGGCCCCAGAGUCAAAUGAAUCUACAAACUGGAGGAUUGCAAUCAUCAGCAGUUGGCAGCGGUGCGAGCUCUGGAAUGAUAGUCCAACAGAGGCCAACUUUCGAGGGAAUGGAUAUUGCUAGGCAGCAGAAUCUCAUAAAGAUCCAUCAGUUAAGACAGACACUUGAGGCAGCUCAACAGCAAGAGGCUCACUACCAACAAACUCAACUUGAUAUUCAUCAAAACCUAGAUGUGACACAGCACCAGGAAAUGCAGUAUCAACAAAUGGAGGUCCAGCAAGCUCAGAAGGUUCUCAAUGUAAAUUCUGGAAUAAUCGGACAGCAAUCCAACACUCAAAGAAUGCGUUCCACGAUGACGAAUAAUCUAGGCUUGAGGCAUUUAUUACAACAGCAGCAACCCCAACAAUAUCGACAACUUCUCGGAAUGGGUACCCCCAAGGGUGAAAUUACGACGAGGCCAAUGACAACGAAUAACUCUCAUAAUCAGCAAUUCGAUGACGUCACGAAUUUUGAUUAUAUGCCAUAAAAAAUUUUAAUUAUAAC